UCCAACUUAACAUACACAAAAAAAAAAAAAACAUAUUUUGAGUGCUUGCAUCACAUUUUCUUGAUCUUACGGGCAUCAUUUUCCCCCCAAAAUUGUGAUGGUUACAUAGACUUUUCAUUUUAUUUAAACUGAACAAAAGUAAAGAAUGUAUAGACUAUUUAACACACAUGCAAAUUAUUGUCUGGGAACGACUUCCUGGUUUCGACCCUCCGACGAAAAACUGGACAAACCAGUAGUGAACAACCCUUACUAGUAUUUCUGCUUUACCAUGAGAGCAGGCUGCAGCAUUUAAACACAUUCCAUAGCUAUAUAAACAACUUAGGGGACACUGUUAUUUUUUAUAAUUGAAUAUAGAAAGAUUUUUUUACUCUCUAUUCUGCACCGCAAGGUCAAAGGUGAAGAUCAGCUACAGAGAGCGACCGAUUGAGCAUUUUAAACAGUGUUGGCUUAAGCACGCUCGUCAGAACCACUCUGCCCGAAGCACAAGCAACUGAAAAAAAUCGUUAAAAACCUUGACAUUUAUGGUAAUUAAUUUUCUUUUUUUUGGGACUAAUCAUAGUUCAUAAUAUGUCCUGAAGUAGUAAAACAUUCCCAGAGCCUUAGGGUACAUAUUAAAGUUGUUUUUUGAUUUGCUUGUGUUUAUUUGCUUUGGUUUGAACAACUGUCCUAAAUCGUUUAAUUUUGUAUUAAAUAAAACAGCAACCCCUGAGAUGGGACCAGAGAUGUUUGGUGUUUUUGAUCCCUGAAUAGAAAAAAAGACAGUAUCUGUAUUCAAUCAAGAUUUAAGAAACAAAGCUACAUCCUUUUAAUGGAAACUGUUGAAGAUAUGUUUCGUAACUGUCCAGCUGCUAGAAUGCUAAAAUGCUCAUCAUAAUUUAAAAAAGAGAUGCAGCUGCACACCAGAACUCAUCUAUGGCAUUCUGAUUAAUAGAUAAACAAAAUGAUUUUUUUACCCUCAAAAUGGGCUGUUCCUUCUCAAGUAUAAUCACUUCUUAAGGGGGAGCAGCCCUCUCCUAAGUUUUUAAAAAACUGACAUAUUCAAAAUAGUUUUCUCUCUCCAGUUCAGUGCUUGCUUUGGCAAUUCAUUUCAUGAAUCCAUUUUUUUCCCAUCAAUUACUGGAACUCAGAGCCACUCUGUUUUUCCAGUCACAACAUUCUUUUGUCAGUUAAGGUAAAAAAUGUAAAAGCAGCAUUUAUGAGGUGUACUUAGAGAUAUUUCAACACAUAUUUUAAUACAUGUCUGCUUAAUUUCAAGACAUUUCCCGUCCGCUUGCUAUAUAAUAAUACCGUUUAUAGCCUUUAGAAUCUUCCUGACCAAUGAGAGCGACACAAACUCAGCACGUAUUGAGUUAACAUUUGUCUCCUUUUCUUACUCAGCAGUAUUCUGGCAGCUUAAUAAAAAACUGGAUGGAAAAUUUUUCAGCUCACAUGUACCUCAGAUCCCAGCCUAGCAGACAGACACUCUCUUCUCUCACCAGCAACUAAGACACAAUGAUGCAAUUAAGGACUUUGAUUUUUACAUCUGUAAUGCUCCCAUGGAUACUGUCGUCUGCAGCAAAAGAUGAAUACAUGGAAGUCAUAAAAGCUAAGACAGACACUGUAGACUUUCCAGACUAUGAUGCCCCUCAAGACACUAACCAACCAGCUCCGAGAGCCGAUGAGCUGCCGACAUGUCUGCUGUGUGUUUGCCUGAGUGGAUCUGUGUACUGUGAGGAUGUGUCCCCUGAAAUGUCAGCCGUCCCAACACUGCCAAAGGAAACAGGAUAUCUCUAUGCACGUUUUAACAAAAUCACAAAAAUAAAAAACAGCGAUUUUGCAGACAUGGCCACAUUAAGAGUAAUUGACCUAAGUGAGAAUCUCAUCUCUGAGAUAGACGACGGAGCUUUUUCAAAACUUCCCCAUCUCGAGGAGCUCUCUCUUGCACAAAACAGACUGAUUAAACUUCCCAUGCUGCCUGCCAAGCUGGUGUCAUUCAAUGCCAAUUCCAACCAUCUUAAAACCCAGGGUGUAAAGGCCACUGCUUUUAAAAAACUCACAGAACUGGCAUUUCUUUAUCUCGGAAACAAUGAACUGACAGCAGUGCCCUAUCUUCCAGAGUCUCUUCAUGUGGUGCACCUGCAUAACAACAAGAUCUCAAAAAUAACAGAUGAGACGUUCUGCAAAGGCAACGACAGUCAUUACAUCCGGACCAACCUGAAUGAGGUGCGACUAGACGGAAACCCUGUUUUGUUGUGGAAGCACCCUAACAGCUUCAUCUGUCUGGAGACUCUUCCUAUUGGAUGGUACAACUGAAAUAACCAAAGCAUGCUUUUGAUGGAGGUAAAUCUUGAGAGGGUGUAAAAUAAAGGAUGCAGGAUGAAAAAUGCAGUUCUUAAGUUACAUUUUAUAUAAACAAAUACAAUUCAUGACCCAAAAGGUUUUUUUUUUUUUUUUAAA